AUGGGAACGGUGUUUAAUACAAGUACUACUAUUCACCCGACAGUAAUGGCAAAGGUAAAUGGUGAAAAAGCAAGGAUUUUGAUGGAUACGGGUGCUGGAAGUUCUUAUAUAUGUACAAACUUGAUAACAAAACUGAAGUUGAAACCUACACGAAGGGAACAAAAAACCAUCGAACAAUUAUAUGGAAAGGUAAACAAACGUGUGGAAAUAUAUAAUGUUACGCUAGAAUCAAUAACAAUACCGGAAUUUCACAUCAAGAUUGAAUGCAUCAACGCAGAAAAGGAAAUACUGACCUUUUUAAAAAAGCAAUUUGCUAGACUUAGGAGACUGAAAUUUAGUAAUGAUGGAGAAGACGAUGAAAUACUACCUGUUCACAUAAUACUUGGUGCUGCUGAUUAUCAACGAAUAAAAACUACCGAGCCGAUGGUUCUCGAAAAAAAUCCGGAUAAAGAUCCCGGAGCUGAAUUGACUAUGUUUGGAUGGAUUCUCUCUGGGAAACAAAUGGAAUUAAGCUCUGGUGUUGAAAAGGGUUUUUUAUUAAACACUGGUUGUGAUGAGUUCGAGCAAAUGUGUAGUCUUGAAGUUCUUGGAUUGUCAGACACAAACAAUGAUUCAAUGUUCUACCAAGACUUUAGCGAAAAGCUGCACCAAACAAACGAAGGUUAUAAUGAAACUAGAAUGCCCUGGAAAAAAGAUGUUGUCAAACUGCCAAAUAACAGAGAUCUGGCAAUUAAAAGAAUAAAAAGUACAACAAAUCGAUUGGAAAAACUUAACAAACUAGAGCAGUAUAAUGAAAUAAUGAUGGAACAGAUCAGUGGGGGAAUACUGGAAAAAGUGCCAGAAAAACCUAUGGGAGAAAUUGUUCAUUGCAUUCCUCAUCAAGCUGUAAUCAAGGAAAAUGCUGAGUCAACAAAAAUGCGAGUUGUUUAUGAUUGUUCAGCAAGAAAAGAUGCUCAAUCACCUUCAUUGAAUGAUUGUCUAGAAGUGGGACCUUCGCUGCAACCUCUAAUAUUUGACAUUCUAAUACGAAAUCGGAUGAACAAACUCUGCGUUUUAGCUGACAUUAAGAAAGCAUUUUUACAAAUCCGAAUUCAAGAUAUGAAUAGAGACGCACAUGCCGAUGAUCUGCAAGCGGGUGGAGAAACGGAAGAAGAACUUAUUAGGUUUAAAUAUGAAUCAACACAAAUCUUGAACGAAGCUGGUUUUCAGUUGCACAAAUGGUAUAGCAACGUGAGAGAAUUGGAAAAUAAUGUUGAAGACAAAUCAACAAAAAUACUUGGACAUCCUUGGAACAAGGAAACAGAUCAAUUGUCAAUUGAAUUCACUAGUUGCACCAAUAACGGAAAUAAAGAAAAUUUAACUAAAAGAAAAAUUCUAUCUGCAAUCAACAGUGUUUUUGACGUAUUAGGAUUUAGUGCACCUGUGUUAAUCACUGGAAAAAUACUGUAUAGUCGACUAUGCUUAUCAAAAAUUGGAUGGGAUCAUCAACUACCGAAGGAACUUUUGGAAGAAUGGCAAACUUGGAUUAAGACAAUAAGCAACAAAAGAACUAUAUUGAUUCCUCGGUGUGUUGUGUCCGGAAGAAUUAUUGAACUAGAGCUUCACGGAUUCUCAGAUGCAAGUAAAUUAGCGGUAUGCGCAUGCAUCUAUGUUGUAACAAGCCACUAA